AUGCGCGUCACGAUGAAGACCCGCAACGUCUUCGUUGCCGCCGCUGGCUUCUUUGCCACCGCCGAUGCCUUCUGGCGCAUGGAGUGCCAGGGCCGAGUUGGUUUGGCCCGUGUUGACCCUCUCAUGUCGCCUGGCGAGCCCGCUACUCACGUCCACGCCAUCCACGGAUCCAACGGAAUCUCGCCCAGCGCCACCUUUAGUGACCUGGUCGCUGCUGACUGCACUUCGUGCCGUGUCAAGGAGGACAAGUCCGCCUACUGGACCCCUGCUCUCUACUUCCAGGACACCACCACUGGAGAGUUCGAGGUCGUCGAGCAGGUCGGAGGAAUGCUUGCGUACUACCUUCUUAAUGGAAAGGAUAUCAAGGCAUUCCCCCCUGGCUUCCGCAUGGUUGCCGGCGACACGUUCCGCCGCAACUACACUGCCGGCGAUGCCUCCAAGCCUGACCCCGAGAAGUCCGUCUGGUCUCUUCUCGGCCAGACCAAGCAGUCCGUCCUCGAGCAGCGCGCCGUCGGCUUCAACUGCCUGAACUACGCCCGCGCCCCUGAGGGUACCCUGUACCGUCACUACCUCCCUGACAAGUCGUACCUCGAUGCCAACUGCGCCGAUGGCGUUCGCUUCGAGAUGAUGUUCCCCUCUUGCUGGAACGGCAAGGACCUCGACUCGGACGACCACAAGUCUCACAUGGCCUACCCUGACCUCGUCAUCGACGGCACUUGCCCCGAGGGUUUCGAGACCUCCACUCCCAACCUCCUGUACGAGACCAUCUGGAACACCGCCGCCUUCAAGCAGCGUACCGGCCGCUUCGUCAUCGCCAACGGUGACACCCUCGGCUUCGGCUACCACGGCGACUUCAUGUCCGGUUGGGAUGAGGAGUUCCUCCAGAGUGCCGUCAACACCUGCACCAACCCCUCCGGCAAGAUCGACGACUGCCCCCUCUUCACUCUCCAGAGCGAGUCCGAUGUCAAGCAGUGCUCCAUGAACGUGCCCACCAUCCUCUCCAAGGAGAACGUCACCGGCCCCGACAACAUCCUCCCCGGUAACGUCGCCAUCACCUAUGCUGACGGCUCCUCCGAGGGCGGCGACGUUUCUGCUUCUGCCAGCUCCACCAUUGUCCUCCCUACCCUCACCAUCCCCAGCCUGUCCUACAAGCCUGGCAAGACUGCCACUGGCAACCCUCUCCCUGGUGAGGUCUUCCACGAGAGCGGCAAGGCUGGCUACGGCACCACCUCGUCCGCCCCUGUCAGUGCCGAGGCUGCCUCUUCUCAGGCUCCCGAGGUCUCGACUCCCGAGCAGACUCCCACCCCGAUCUUCGAGUCCAUCACUGCGGCUCCCACUUCGGCUCCCGAGUUCGUGUCCACUCAGACCAUCACGAACGGCCACACCGUGUCGAUCAUCUACUGGGAGGAGGAGAUCGUCUACGUGACCGAGUACGAGGACAUCACCUCGACUCUCACCGUCACUGCGUCUGCGACGCCCGCCGCCCUGCGCGCGCGUCACCUCCACCACCACCGUCGCCACCACAUCUAA